AAAAGAAAAACAAAAAAUCAAAGAGUAUUUCUCGCGCAAAACCAAAAAGCAAAGUCAAAAAGCACAAAGCUAAAAACGCAGAUUUCCCAACAGAAAAGCCGGAAAAUUGCCCACUAGGCGUGUCGCUGCUUCUUCUUCUUUCAAAUUGUUUAUGCUGCAAUUGCCGUAGUGUGCGAAAAGGAGAAAAAGAGAGAGAGAGAGAAAAGGGUCUUAUCAACAACAGAUUUCUUAUCAGAAUCCGGAGAUUUGUUGCGAAAAGUUCCAACUAGCAGAAAUUCGUAGUAAAACCGCACUAAGCGUUUGAUAUAGAACAUUAAACAAACAGUUGCCCAAUCAUCAGCAAAUCGGUCAUUUCCAUUUCGAGAAGCCAAAGAUUGAGGAAACCCAUUGGCUGGCAGACCCACAGCAUUCAAUCAAGCGCAAAUCGGUUCGGUCUGAAAAGGGCACAUUUUCGGCCUUGCAAAUUCCAAUCUUGAAACUAAAUGACGCCUGUGUCUGAAACUGAAGCCCUGCUGCCAAAUACCGCAACGCUGGACGCCAGACGACGGCCACAAAUUAGCCAGCCAGCCGUAGAUUUGCAAGUCUAAGGAGUCGCCAGUAGAAAGUAGAGAGUAGAAAGCAGCGACCAGAGAGAGAGAAGGGAUCCCUGUUCAAAGGAGCCAAGCCAGGUCAGCAACACAGGCAACAUCAAAAGGGAGGACCAGCCAGUGGGACUGCGACUAUUUUUCGAGAGCGCCAAAGGAUUCAUUAAAAAACCGCCAACCUGGAACUAAUGGAAUUAGAGAAUAUUGUGGCCAAUACGGUCUACUUGAAAGCGAGAGAAGGUGGUUCCGACAGCAACAAGGGAAAGAGCAAAAAAUGGCGCAAAAUAUUGCAGUUCCCACACAUAUCGCAAUGCAUAAACCUGAAAGACAAAUUAGACAUAAGCUAUGGCUACGUGAUAGAUCAGCAACCCAUUGGUCGUGAGCUGUUCCGCCUGUUUUGCGAGAGCAAGCGGCCCGUCUACUUUCGCUACAUCACCUUCCUGGAUGAGGUGGUCAAAUACGAGAUCGAGUACAUCUCGAACCGCAUUUUCAUUGGCCAUGACAUCGGGCGUCGCUUCUUGGAUGUCGAGGCGCAGCUGGAGCUCCGCAACGGCAGCGGUGGCGACGCCUUGGACGCCGAGACGCAGGAGGAGCUGCUGCUCAACAGCAGCAAUGCCAAUCCAACUGAAACAGCUGAGACUGAACACUGCAACAAUACCACCGCCAACAACUGCAACAACAUCAACAACAGCAACAACUCGCAGCACAGCAGCGACAUCAAUCACAAGAAGCUCGACACGCGCAAUCACAACGGCGAUGAUGCCACUGGGAACGGGAGCCACCAGGACGACGGCGAGGAAGGCGUCAAGGGCCUGGAUAGCCACGACGAUGCGGAAAAGGGCGGUGGCGGAGAAGGAGGCGGCGGAAAGAGUGCCCAUGUAGGGGGCUAUCCCGACGAACUCGUGCUGGACGUGCUCAACGAUGAUCUCAUUGCGCAAGUGCGUAACAAACUCAACAGCGGCGGCAAGGACAUCUUUGCCCAGUGUGUGAAUGCGGUUAAGGCGUUCCUGGCCGGCGAGCCGUUCCGAGAGUUUGAGAGCUCUAUGUAUUUUCACCGAUACUUGCAAUGGAAGUGGCUGGAGGCACAGCCAAUCACCUAUAAAACGUUUCGCAUGUACCGUGUGCUCGGAAAGGGCGGCUUCGGCGAGGUGUGUGCUUGUCAGGUGCGGGCCACUGGAAAAAUGUACGCGUGCAAAAAGCUGGAGAAAAAGCGCAUCAAGAAGCGCAAGGGCGAGUCGAUGGUGUUAAUCGAGAAGCAGAUACUGCAGAAAAUCAACUCGCCGUUCGUGGUCAAUCUGGCCUACGCGUACGAGACAAAGGACGCCCUCUGCCUGGUGUUGACCAUAAUGAAUGGCGGCGAUUUGAAAUUCCACAUUUACAACAUGGGCGGCGAGCCCGGGUUCGAACUGGAGCGUGCCCGCUUCUAUGCCGCCGAGGUGGCCUGCGGACUGCAGCAUCUGCACAAGCAGGGCAUCGUCUACCGGGACUGCAAGCCGGAGAACAUCCUCCUCGACGAUCACGGCCAUGUACGCAUUUCCGACCUGGGACUAGCCGUCGAGAUACCGGAGGGCGAGAUGGUGCGCGGCCGGGUGGGCACAGUGGGCUACAUGGCCCCCGAGGUCAUCGACAACGAGAAGUACGCCUUCUCCCCCGACUGGUUCAGCUUCGGCUGCCUGCUGUACGAGAUGAUCGAAGGUCAGGCUCCGUUCCGGAUGCGCAAGGAGAAGGUCAAGCGCGAGGAGGUGGACAGGCGCGUUAAGGAGGAUCCCGAAAAGUAUUCAAGCAAGUUUAAUGAUGAAGCCAAAUCAAUGUGCCAACAGCUGUUAGCUAAAUCGAUAAAGCAGCGCCUGGGCUGCCGCAAUGGACGUAUGGGCGGGCAGGAUGUGAUGGCCCACCCGUUUUUCCACUCCACCCAGCUCAAUUGGCGUCGCCUGGAGGCUGGCAUGCUGGAGCCACCCUUUGUGCCAGACCCGCACGCUGUUUACGCCAAAGAUGUGCUCGAUAUUGAACAGUUCUCGACGGUUAAGGGCGUCAAUAUCGACGAAUCCGACACGAAUUUCUAUACGAAAUUCAACACGGGCUCCGUGUCCAUUUCCUGGCAAAGUGAAAUGAUGGAGACCGAAUGCUUUCGGGAGCUGAAUGUGUUCGGUCCCGAAGAGUGUCCCACGCCAGACUUGCAGAUCAAUGCAACGCCCGAACCAGACAAGGCGGGCUGUUUCCCCUUUCGCCGGAAGAAGAAGCAGCCGGCACGCACACAGCCCAUACCCAUUCCCGAGCAUCUGUUAACCACUAGUCACAGCGUGUCCUCCACAACGGUCGAGAGCUGAUAGCAUAGAUCAGUCGAGGAUGCCUCUAAGCGGACGCCUGACGUAGACGUCGACACAUAGCACAAAUUGCGCACAGCUAGCCCGGACCGGAGAGGUUCGGCAGAAGCAGAAGCAGAAGCAGAAGAACAUCAAAGCACAACCUAAUUACAAAACCAAAACCGGAAUCGGUUUCUCCCUCAGUUGACGCGCAAGAAGCAUUUUUGAAAUUGUAUUUUUACAUCAGAUUUUCUAACGAAAUUGCAAGCUGAUUUCGACACACACAUAAAAUAUAGCAUACGAGAAUAUUUAUAAAUGUUUCCAAAAGACUCCACACUGAAACAAAACACACAUAUUAAGCACACUUUCUAGCGUUAAUUAAUGAGAUCGUGGUAGCAUGAAUACCACUCACUAUACCACUUUGAGAGCUAAGGCCGUCAGUUUGUCACAGCACCCAAGAAUAAUGUUACUUAAGUACGAGCGCUAUUUAACUAUCUAAUCGAUCAUCUAUGACAUGUAUCACCAGGAGCAGGAAGCAGCCGGAUCAGCAGCACUAUGUAGACAGCAGAGUAGAGGCUCCGCAGAGCCAGCAGAGUAAUGUGUAAUUUUUGUAAAGUAGUUCGUGCUCAACGGGACAGGGUUGGAAGAUAGAUGUUCUAGUUAGCAUUUGUAAGUUAAGAAAUGACAUGAAUACUCGAAAACUUGAAUGCAUUUUUAACAAUACUUUACGCAUGCUAUAUUGUAAAUGCAUAGAUACAAUACGAACCUAAAACAUAAACAAAUUGUACAUUUUAAAUCCUAUGAUUAUUUAUACGACUCCUAAGUUUUAUUGCCGCACACUUUUGCUAAGCUUUCAUACUGUUCUAUGACAUUUUCUGUUGCCUAAGUUUAAGUUGGCCCGAAGGUUCCCCUAGGAGGACAUAAUUACUGAUAUUCGUUUCUUCACGCAAUAAAAUGAACGGCAAGUUAUGCUAACUGCUAACUGCUAACCAAUGAAAAUUCAUUGAUAUAUGGAUGUCAGCUAGUGUAAGUUCUGUGUAAACGUAGCGUAGGCCUUUUGUAAUUAGCAACAAAGAAAGAAACACAAAAAAGAAAAACAUUUGGAGAAUUUAUUAUGUUAAUAUGGAAAUUUGAUUACGAUCAUUAAACUUGUUGGCAGUUGAAAGUGCCAGCUGCAAGUCUUAGUUCCAAUUCACUUGAUUUAGGCACUACUAGUAAAUUUUAAGGCAUAGAUUGAACAACUACUACCAGCACAACCAAGUCGCAUUCAAAGCAGCAAACGCCAUCAGCCCGAAUCCAACCUAGCACUACAACUACAUAAAGUAAACCAAACUGAGCAAGCGCCGAAAUAUUUAUCUCUAGCAAUUAAAGGCAUAUUUAUAGAACAUCGUAAAUACCAGAUAUACAUACAUAAAUAAAUCUAUUCUGUAAGCGAAAUGAUACAAAAUACAAACGCAGAGUCAAGAGAUGAACAUUCAAAAACAAUAAACGUAUUUAACUACC